AUGCCUCAGCUUGGCAGCGUCACUGUCACUGUCACUGUCACUCAAUCACCUCCUCCGUCACUUCCCAAAUCCACCUUGCCAGCUGGUUCGCCCACCAAUUCUACUAGUGAAGUUCCUCACGUGCCACCAUUCAUCGCUCCCCCGGGCUGGACGACACGCCCCGGAAGCCCCCGUUUUGAAUGCGAGUGGGAUGGUGUCGAUUCAGAGGGUCAAAAGAUUGCUCGAAGCUAUGGUCUUGCUCCGGGUCGACCACUUUUAGAGGAUGACGAUGCCUCCUUAACGAUUUUCCAAUCUGGCGAUAAACUCUACCUCUGGGCUGUGCUUUAUUAUGAUAUAUACGAACUAGCAUCUCAGGACGUCAAUGAAGUCGCCCAUGUUCUGUCUCAGGAAGGAGGUUUAAAGAAGCUACAGAAAUGCCUUCUUAAUCCAGUUGAAGAUAUUGCUGUCUAA